AUGUCUCAGGUCAAGCUUUACCCGCCCAAGCCGUCACGCCAAGCUGUAGACAAUCUGCUGCCUCAGACGAUACAAACGCCGUCAGGCCUAGCCCUACUUGAACUUCAAGGCAUAAUAAAUCUACCUGAGGAUGCAGUGGACUCGGACGGCAAGGCCACAAAGAGCAUCCCCGUGGGUCGAAUCGACUUCCCGGACUACCACCCCGAUACCCAGGAGGCUGGCAGCACAGCUUGGAUGAAGCGUGUCUACCUAUACGUCGGUCCUCACCAGAGACUCACCGGAGAGGUCAAGAAACUUCCCAGAGCAAUUGCUAUUGUACGAAAAAAGGAUGGCGUUAGUAACGGUCCGGAUGGCGAAGAGCAACUGGAAGUCGCUGAGAUUGUCAAGUACAAACUUGUCUUCUCACACCGCCCAGAGCCUGUCAACACGGAGAUCUACUAG